UUCAUCGUCCUGGCAAGACGCGACGAGUCGGUUUCAAGCUAGUGAUACGCGUUGUUAAAGUUAGUGUCGUCACUGCAGGGACAGCGCCUCGAGUUCUAGAAAAGUGGCAUCAGUCUUGAUUUCAACCAUCGCUCGACCCGUUCAUAUAUCGCACGUGGAUUUCUAUGUGACAAUCAGAAAACGGAAUGGCAAUGUGCAGUAACAAUUUAUGUUAUCUCUUCACGUGAUUUCACUUCAGUUCGUUUUAAAAAUUAGCAAUAAAUCACCAUGGUAACGACGGAUAUACACAACCAUCUGAUUGCGAGCUUCAUAUGCUAUUUUAGUCACAGUAUAAGUGAGUGUACCGCCGGUUUAGCCCGUCACUAAGUUACCGAAAUUACGUGAUGCUAACAAUGGGCGCGAGGACGGAGUGGUGAUUGUUUAGAACUGAACAUGCGCCGAACUUCAUAUAGUGGUUCAGAUACAGUCUCGAUGCACAUGGAGCUAACAAAACGCUGGCGAGACUCUUGUGCAUGAAGCUGAUGUACCAUGACACGAACAUGAAUGAACUAAGUGCCAUGAUGAUGCAGUAACAAUGGGCCAGCUGUGGUCACUGGCACUACUGUCCACUUUGCUGCUGACCACACUGUGGUCCUUGCGUGGUGUUAGAGGGCACCUGAACUUGUUCAUCAGUCAGGAAGAGGUCAGGAAGCUCCUAGGCUUGCAGGCGGAGCUAUUCUAUGUGCGAGAGGGCGUGGUCAACACUUAUGCCAUGAACUUCGUAGUGCCCGUGCCAGCACACAUCUCUGAGCUCGAAUUCUCGUGGCAAUCUCUCACAAAAAAUCCGUUGCCGUAUGUCCUGUCCAUCGACUAUGGGAACCACGAGGCACUGAGCCCCCCACAGUUGAACAUCUCUAACAGGGGGCUCGUGCCCACCAGGGUGCAGACGUUCAGGGUUCGGUUCCCGUGCACGGGCCUGCAGAGUGCAGAGAUCGAGGUGCUGCUGCAGCUGAACAUCAGCACAUACAACCCACUGCACAACGAGACGUCACUCAACUUCCGGCGGAACAAGAUCUGCCUCAAACAAGAUGCAACUCCCCGAAACGACUCUAUACGCCUGGAUCCAGGCUCACUAGUGACAUCUAGCGGUACCUUCUACGUAGCAGUUGGUUGUGCAUGUGUCAUGAUCGUCGUAGUGAUUGCAGUGACAUCUGUUGUCUACGUCAAGAGCAAGAAAGCAAGGACCCAAGAAUCUCUGCAUACAACUUACACUACCGCCGCCUAUGGUAGUAACCCGAAUGUCUUCAUUCGAUUGGAUUCAAUUGGCCGUGCUGGUAGCGUGGGAAGCGGGAGUUACGCAACUAUAGCCAGCUUCCACAAGUUACCUCUUCCGCUGUCACGGCGAUCAUCACCGUCACCCAGCCCUUACGCAACGGCAAAUAUCGGAUCUGCCGUUGGAAGUGCAACUUACAUCACCUCCACCAAUGGGAGUGGUCGAUACAGCCACCAUAUCUACUCCAAACCAGCUUCCACAUAUUGUCCGUCUCGAGUGUCGUACUACGCGUCAUCACAGCUGACGCAUCUGUCACAGGUUACGCUGCAUGACCCACGUCUGCAAGAUCCUGCGAGUCGUCUGCGCGACCUAGCGACGCCAUGCAGAACUAUCACGCCUCAUACCCUUCUGCACGAAGGAACGUUCGGAAGGGUUUAUAGGGGCGAAUACGCGGAUGAAGACACGGGAACCCAUACAGACGUGCUCAUCAAAACGGUGUCCGACCAAGCUUCGAAGCUACAGGUGUCACUGAUGUUGGCAGAGGGUACCAUGCUCCAUGGACUCUUGCACAAGAACGUUCUGCCUGUUCUCGCUGCCGGUCUUGACAACUUGAAGCAACCACUUCUCGUAUAUCCAUACUCAAACAAGGGAAACCUGAAAAGGUUCCUACACAACUGUCACCAGAGGGGGGAGGAGCAAUAUACUCUACUCACUCAAGACAUCGUGGACAUGGCGAUACAAGUGGUUCUAGCCAUGCUGUUUCUUCACAGUCAGAGGAUUUGUCACAAAGACUUGGCCACGCGUAACUGCGUGGUGGAUGAGAAAUUGCGGGUGCGCGUAACAGACAACGCCCUGUCACGUGACCUGUUCCCGACAGACUACUACUGCCUUGGCGACAAUGAGAACCGACCCAUUAAGUGGCUGGCCAUAGAGAGCCUCCAACACAAGCAGUUCACGGGCGCCUCGGAUGUGUGGUCUUUCGGAGUUCUGCUGUGGGAAUUAACCACGCUUGCGCAACAGCCGUACUUGGAAGUGGAUCCGUUUGAGAUGGCGGCCUAUCUUCGUGACGGCUACCGCCUCGCACAACCAGUCAACUGCCCCGACGAACUGUUCGCAUUGAUGGCAUGCUGCUGGUUGGGAGUGCCUGAAGAAAGGCCCACGUUUGUUCAGCUGUUGGCCUGCCUACAAGAGUUCUAUAAAGCCCUCGGUCGCUACAUAUAAAUCCAUUUGUAACGGUCAACCUGAUGCACCAUUUCAUCAAUCACUGCCAACUGUGGGUCCACGACUUCGCUUCCAUCUGCUGGUCAGCACAAGGAACUACCUCACAUUUACACCGGAGGACAAGUGAUUGCAUGAUACUGCUCUGUGCAAUGUCUCCGCGUCUACACUGAAUAUAACAGUACAGGGAACGAAACUGUAACCCCGGCUCUCUUCUGUACGUUGAGAUUUUAAGUAGCGAAAUGUCUGUCUGUUUAGACUCUGUAUUGGUUUCCAAUCUUUUCUGAAUCACGUACCGAUAAAACAACGGCGUUUUCUGGAGACUGGUACGUUAUACAGUACAAAUAUUAGUCCACAAAUCUAUCACUAGUUAUUCAUAAUAUAAAAAUUAACGCUUUUUUGUGGGAUUAAAAUGCGAGGUACUCUUAAACACAAUUACGAAGUAUUCGUAAUUGGAUGCUAUGAAUAAGAGAACAUAAAACAUAUAUUCCAUAAAAAAAUUAAUAGAAUGCUAUUAAGUUUUCAUGAAGAAACGAUAAACAAAAAAAAUCCUAGUUUUAAAAAUUUUCUACUAUUUUCUUAGUAGAAAGACAAAGGAAUAGAACAUAAUUGGAAAAGUAACAUAAAAUAAAACGUGAACUGACAGCGGUGUGCUGAACAUCAGUCCAAAAAUGCUGAUUUAUCAUACGGCGUUUGAAUCCAUUGACCUAAAAAUGGAGCAUUGGGGUACUGUUAGAAUGGAAGAUUGUGGAUCUGAAUUAAACCUGUUCGUUUCAUUGCACUAAUACUAAGUUACUUUUUAAUUUAAAUAGAAAUUAUAUAGUCUAAAAUGGUCUAAUCUGGAUGAAAAAAUGUGUGAAUACAUUUCGCAGUCUACAAAUCCUGUUCAUAAAUAUUUCAUGUUAUAUUUAAAAAGGUGAUCCCAAAAGUAUUAACGCAGAUCACUAAAAUCUGUGGUUUGAGACAUCCCGCAUUAUGCACUUUAUGUAUAUUUAUAAAAUUACUGAUUAUGAAUUAAUUUUGUGACUUGACUACAUUAUGCUAGAAACUCUACGGGUUGUUCAGAAUUCAUAAAAGAGUGAAAUAACAUCUUAUGAAAAAUAUGUUGCAAUAAGCAAAUAUAUACAGCAAAAGGAGGGCUUAUAAAGCUACUUGAACAACUUCGGCGUUGGUCCCCUUCACUUCAAGCAUGGCAUAUUAAUAUAUCGCUCCGUCUCACUUGUUUCCGUCUAUAUUUAUUUCGUAUUUGUCACUGAAAGAAACGCCAUCUCCUCACAGUUGAUGCUAUUUCCGCAAUAAAAUUCAUGUAACCAUAAAAAUAUACAGCGAGAGGGAAGUUUCUUUAAAUAGAAAACAGCACGUUCAGGUUUAAACAGGCCUAUUAAUUUCCGGUUCUUGCUGCAAGUACACUUGCACAAGAAAUCAAUGGCUCCCAGAAUUAAUCAUUCCAUACCCCUCUUCGUUGAAAAGCCAGAAAUUUUCCAUCUCAAAUAGUUCAUAGUUUCUUCCCACUGUUUCUCCCUU